AUGCUCGCCCGUACCGCCGCCCGCUCUGCCCUGCGACCAGCUGUUCGAUCAGCUGUUGUGGCUCCUUCAUCGUGAGUGGUGGUGGCGUUUGGAGGGGGAUGCAGUGUAGUGUAGUGUAGUGUGUGUGUGUGUGUGUGUGUGUGUGCUCGUACUGGACGAGUUCCUUCUUUGCCCGAUGGCUCGUACGACCGAGGGAGGGAUGGCGGGUGGUAGCGACGUGGGGUGGAUGAGGGUGGAUGUACUCGUGGGGACGCUGUACUGACCGAAUGCUGUUCGUCUUAUCCCCUGUACGGUUGUCGCACACUGUGGUCGGGUCUCGCUCGGCUCGGUUUGGCUGGUCUUGGGCUGGUCUGGGCUGGUCUGUGUGUCUGUCGUCGCCUUCGCCUCCGCCUCGCGCGCCUCGCCUCACACACGCCUACCGCCCAACGCGCACGCCGACACUCGACCCCUCAACGACGACCACGCCCACCCCACCCACAUCCCGCAUCCCCCCUGACAUCUCCACCCCAUGACACAGUCUCCGCUUCGCUUCCUCCGCGUCCGAGAAGCCCGCGCCCGCGGUCAAGGCCAAUGCGCUGAUCGACGCCCUGCCCGGUAACUCGCUCGUGUCCAAGACGGGCAUCAUCACCGCCACCACCGCCGUCGCCGCCGCCGGUAUCUCGUCCGAGUUGUUUGUCCUCAACGAGGAAGUGGUCGUGAGUGGUCACACCCCCACCCCUGGCGCAAAUUCGAAAGCACGGCGUUGAUCUGUUGUUGCGCGGCUUUUCGUACCACAGAUUCUCGGCUCGUUCGUCAUCUUUGUCGGUUACGUCGCGUCCGCCGUACGAGGUCCUUACACCGAAUGGGCCAACGGCCAGAUCGACGUAAGUGGUGAUCCGAUCGGCGUCGACUCGGGACGACGAACCAAAAAUUCAAAAAGUCACUCACCACCUUCUUCGCUUGUUCGUGGCGCCGCGCUCCCCCCUUCGUCGAGUAGAAGAUCCGGGGAAUCCUCAACUCGGCCCGCGCGACGCACACCCAGGCCGUGCAAGGCCGCAUCGACUCGGUCGGCGAGAUGAAGGACGUCGAGGCCUUGACCAAGCAAUUGUUUGAACUCUCAAAGGUGAAUCACACGGGGGGAUGGAUUGGUCGCUUGGGGAAUCAACAAACAUGUACUGAACCCCCCACACAUUCAACUCGAUCCGGUCCGGAUAGCAAACGGCGAAACUCGAACACGAAACGUUCACGUUGAAGCAACAAACCGCUUUGACUUCGGACAUCAAGUCCGUGCUCGAUUCGUGGGUUCGCCACGAGGCCCAAGUCAGGGAACAGGAACAACGCGACUUGGUGCAGACCGUGUUGGAGAACGUGCAAAAGACGUUGACCGAUAAGAAGUUGCAGAAGGAUAUCUUGGUCGCCGCCGUCGCCGAUGUGGAGGCUUUGGUCAAGAGUAAGGCGAUUUGA